AGUAUGAAAAGCAGAAUAGAUCGAUACUUUAAUUGAUUUUCAUUUUUUAUGUCAAACUUAAAUUUUUGUUGCGCAUAAGUCGCAAAUUGCUUGAGAAAAUGUAAGAUUUGACUGUUUUCAUUUGCCAGUAUUUUAAGCCGAUAUAAACAUCAACCUUGAUUCAUCUCUCAGUUGUCAUCGAACUCUCGUGGGAGAAGGUCGUCGGCUGGCAGUCCUUCGUCUCUAAAUCCGUCUCUGCCUCUGACCCUGCGAUGGCCUCUCGCUCUGAGGGCACCAUUGGCCAGGAAGGCAUCAUCCUCACUAACGACGACGCCAGCGUGUGCAAGCUGAGCGCCGUGCGACACGGCUACUGGCAGGACCCGUUCAUCAGCCACCUGGUGCGCCAGUACGAGCGCAAGGCGCCCGAGAUCCACCGCGGCUACUACGCGCGGGUCAUGGCCGUCCAGCGGCUGACCGAGGCGUUCCUGGCGCGCUGCGGCGCCGACGCGCAGGUGCUCAAUCUCGGCGCCGGCUUCGACACGCUCUACUGGAGGCUGAAGAGUGCUGGCUGCCGCUUCAGCAACUUCGUGGAGCUUGAUUUCUCGGCGGUGACGGCGCGCAAACUGAUGGCCAUUCAGCGACAGAAAGGACUCAUGACGGCCUUUAAGAGUGACGAGGGUGAGGUACGAGUGGGCCGCGCCGCGCUGCACGCCGAGGACUACCACCUGGCUCCGGUGGACCUGGCGCGACUGGCCGACGUACGGACCGCCCUGGAGGAGUGCUGUCUGAGGCCCGACCGGCCCACCAUUGUACUGGCCGAGUGUGUCCUGGUGUAUAUGGAAUCCCGCGCCUGCCAUGAGCUGCUCUCACAUCUGGCCAGCACACUGCGCACCGCUUACUUUGUCAACUAUGAAAUGGUGGGCGUCGAUGACCGGUUCGGCCAGAUUCUGGUGCAGAAUGUCCGGGGCCGCGGCUGUGACCUGGCCGGCAUUGAGGCCUGCAACUCUGACCAGACUCAGAUGCAAAGGUUCACGGGCGCCGGCUGGGAUGACGCCAAAGUGUGGAGAAUGGACGUCGUGUUGCAGCGUCUGCCCUCCGCCGACGUGCGGCGUAUGGAGCGGCUCGAGCUGCUGGACGAGAUGGACAUCCUGCUGCAGCUGCUCGAGCACUACGGCAUCACGGUGGCGUGGCGCGACCCGGACGGGCUCGGCCUCGGCCAGCUCGACUACACGUGACGCGGCCUGCCGAGGUAGCGUCCGUGUCCGCUAGAGGCGCUGCCGUCGGUAGCUAGACUGCGUAGAUGUCGCUAGUAGCGCUGAUUUGCCGGCUUUUCGCAGAUCACCCGGCCGAGGCAGGCGCCGCGCGUGCCUAACCUCUGAUGUGAGCUUCCGCUGUGCACUGGCGGUUCUGUUGCAGCAACCGCACCCAAUGUGAUAUUUAUGUUGUUCUCGUGGCGAGCUGUGGAUUGUUGUGGCUGCAAAGCUGUAGCCAUUGUACUUAUUUAACACGAAAGACGUUUUCAACAUGAAGUUCAACGAAUACACCAAAUACCGUUUCA